CUACACGCUGAAGGUGUCAAAGGGUGACAUGCCUGUCAAUAACGAGAUCGUAGCGCUGUUGCAGAACGUCUUCAACCUGCUACCUGAUCUCAAUGUCGAGUCUCUGUUGAACGCGUUCUGUGUCACUACCAACGACCAAAUGCUGACUAUCUAUCUGGCCUCGAUGAUACGGUCCAUCUUAGCCCUACACGAUCUGAUCAACAACAAGAUUGCCAACCAUGAGGAAGAGCAG